GAGCAGGCCGCACCAGAUUGGUCACAAAAUGCUUGUCUGGUUUUUAUUCGUGUUAUCGUUGAUAAGUUUUCAAAAUGGGUUAUGUGGAGACAUAGCUACUGUAGGGAAUGAAACCAAAUGCGAAAAACCAAAUUUAAAUGAGGACAAAGAAAACAAGGUUUAUCUGUGCAGAGGUGCCACUGACAACGACCCAGGGCAGUUCUGCAAAUCUAAGGAAUCUAAGGACGCCAAAAAUUAUUGUGCUUUGUGUCAUACCGCUGGUUCUGUCAUCGAUUUGCUGAAGAGAAAAGUAUCUUGCGAUUGCAGCAACCGCUCAAACCAACUCAAACUUUCGUGCAACAGAAACCAUUGGCAAAAGCUAGAUGCUACCUCAAAUGGAGUUACAAUUAUGCUUGAUCAGGAAAAUUGCAAAUGCAAAGCUGAUGACAAGUGGAUGUACAUAAUCAUUGGAAUCAUCGCCGUGUUAACGAUUCUCGUUGUUGUGGCCAUCGUUAUUUGCUGCAUCAGAUGCAAAAGAAGUAGAGCUGGAUUAUAUAUAGACAACGCUCAAGUAACUCGCAAUCCAAUUAUGCUCUGAGGAACAAAUAAUCAAAUUCAAUCAAUAUAGAUUUCAAUUCUAAUAAACAACA